GAACGCGCUGAAGGAAUGAGGGCAGAUGCGCUGUGGAAGUGUGAGAGCAGAUCCACGCGCACGAGCCGCUGUAUGAUCUCGCCUGCAGAGGCGUUCAGAGCGCGCGCACACAGCAUCAGCACCGCAAUGACGAGUGUAAACCACGCGUUCAGAACAUUCCGGAGGAAACUCCAUUCUGUAGGAAUAAUCGGAGCACCUUUUUCCAGAGGACAGCCCCGGGAUGGUGUCCAACUGGGUCCAGAUGUGAUUCGACAAGCUGGACUGGUGAAGAAACUUGAAGUUCAAGGUUGUGCCGUAAAAGAUUAUGGCAAUCUAAAAUUUGAAGACCUGCCCGACGAUGAGCCCUUCGGAAGUACAAAACGACCCCGGGCGGUUGGUCUCGCCAACAAACAGGUUGCUGAUGCUGUGCAGAGAGUCAAGAACGAUGGCCACACCUGUGUGAUGCUUGGGGGAGAUCACAGUUUAGCAAUUGGUUCAAUCCAUGGCCAUGCAGCCUGUAGACCUGAGCUGAAGGUGGUCUGGGUGGACGCCCAUGCUGAUAUCAACACACCUCUGACCAGUCCGACGGGAAACAUCCAUGGGCAGCCCAUGUCCUACCUGAUCCAUGAGCUGUGCGCUAAGAUUCCUCGCAUGCCAAACUUCUCAUGGAUCAAGCCUUGUAUAGCAGCUAAAGAUAUAGUGUACAUUGGACUCAGAGAUGUAGACCCAGAGGAACAUUACAUCUUGAAACACCUGGGUAUUAAGACUUUCUCAAUGACAGAGGUAGAUAGUCUUGGAAUUGCCAAGGUUAUGGAACAGACGUGUGAUUACAUUUCCUCAAAAAUAAAAAAACCCAUCCACCUGAGUUAUGAUAUCGAUGCUCUGGAUCCCUCAGUGGCACCAGCCACUGGGACCCCUGUGAUAGGAGGUCUGACAUACAGGGAGGGCAUCUACAUCACUGAGUAUCUGUGUCAAACAGGGCUCCUGUCUGCUAUUGAUAUCGUGGAGGUGAACCCAAAUCAAGCCAAAAGAGAGGAAGAGGUUCACUGGACAGCCAACGCGGCAGUGGAUCUGGUGUUAGGCUGCUUUGGACGCGUGCGCGAAGGAUCGCAUGCGGACGAUUAUAAAAUCCCAAACCCAUAAGUGAAAAAUGGUCAUAUUCUGAUUUAUUCCUGGACACUUGCUUAUUCCAGGCAUGCCACAAGAUUAUAUACUGACACAAUAAAGGCAUAGAAACAGA